AAACCCAGAGCGGACCUCGUCAAUUUCGCGUCUGAAAUUGAUGACGUCAAGACGGAGCGGUCUAGGCCGGGGAACCGGCUGUGUGUGUGGGCGGGGGAAUCAGCUGCUGCGAGCGCUUUCUUCUGCGCGUUCAAGGCUCUGAGCAGGCGCUGUCUAACGAGGAAGGGAGAAGUCAG